UGAGACAAAAAAAAAAAAAAAUUCUCAAAGCCCAGUGGAACUCCCUAAUAUAUGUGUACAUGCAAAAGUUUCACAAUAUCAAAGCUCCAUUUAUUUUUUACACACACAUGAACUUGCAUGUGCUCAUUUACCUCACAUAACUUUUAAGUCCCUCUUUCUCUCUCUUUGCAUAUGAGACAUGGGAAUGUGUAUAUAUGAGGCCCUACAUUACAGCAGUGCCUAUGGUAUUGUUCUUUCUGCAUGAAUAGCCUCUAGCUACAGGAAUGAAUUUAAUCCUCCCUUUUCACGUGUUUCAGCAUCAAUGGGCAAUACUGGCCAGCUAAGGAAACAUUGAAGAGAGUCCUCAACCACAAAAUCAAAACCACCUACUGUAUAUGCCAGAACUUAUAUCAAUAUUAUUGGCUUAAUGCAAAGUUUUGUCAUUUAUACAGGCCAUUAUUUUUGAAGUCCCCACUGAUUGUAACUGCAUUCAAACAAAAGAUUAGUGCAUUGUUCAAAAUGAGUAGAAAGUCAGUCAUGUGGGCUUUGAAGUGGUAUGUAAAUAAUGACUUUUAGAUUAAUCAAGAUUAUUUAAUAAUUAAUCCUCUAACAUUGCUGCAAUUUUCGAAGACAUACGUGUACUCGUGAGACAUUGUAAUGAGUUUAACUCAUCUUAAGUGCCAUGAGGCAAAAAAAGAGAAAACCAAAACCUCUGAGGUAUGUCAUCUAAAACAGGCUCGGUGCAGCUCAGAGGUGCAGCAAGAUGUAGAAGUCAAUUACAUGCAUGAGUUCCUCAGAUGAGGGGAGCGACAUAUUCAGGCUGCUCAUUAUCAUGUCAGCGUGCGGCUCCAGACGCUCAUGGAUGCUUUUCUACCUCACUCUGCUGGUAGCACUGGUGUCCCAGAGCGAAGGAGGUUGUCAGGAUACGGGGCUGUGUUGCUUUGGACAGAACCAGUCAUGUAUUACUGAAGACUGGAGAAAAGAUCGCUCCUAUGGGGAAUGUUACUGCGACCAGGCAUGCAAGACGACAUUGGACUGUUGUCACGACUAUGACCUUGCUUGUCCAGCCGUAUCCUGUGUGGUGAGCGAAUGGAGUGUGUGGUCUGGCUGUCUGGAGCCGUGUAAACCCACACUUCGCACAAGGUGGAGGCAGGUGAUUCAGGAAGCGCGUAAUGGAGGUGAACCCUGUCCCUCUUUACAUCAGACCGCCGGCUGUGCAGAGUACCACGAUCAGCACGGUCCCUGCCUGCAAUCACUGGUCCCAGCUCUCAUAACCACUGGCGGCUAUGGAAAUGCACGGAAAAAGAGGGAGAUUUUUGACAACAAUAUCACAGGUUACUGUGUGGAGUUUGAACUCACGUCCCUGACGGCGGGUUGUCAGCGCAGCUUCAGUCCACAUACUGGUUGGAUGCGGUACCUGAAGGAGGGGCAUCAGGUGUGUGUGGAGUGCCAGCCACCAGCACUGACCCAGGGUCAACGCUACUGCUCCGGGGAUGGGGAGAAUAUGGGACAGGACAGGAGGUUGUCUCUGCAGUGGCAGGCCGUGGGGAAUUCUCAGUGCAGAGGGGUGUGGAGGCGAGUCCGUCGACGAGACUCCUGUUCCUGUCCCACUGUACACAGUUUUCUCUUCAUCUAAGUCGCACUUUAACCGGGUCAUGAAGUUUUAGACUUUAUGAAGUGACGGUAGAAUGUGCAGAGACCAUUUGGGUAACUCAAAACCAGCUUCAGGCUUUUAAGAGAAAUGAGCUGAUUACAGUACGUUAUCAAGAGCAGAUUCAAUAUUAGUCACAGAUAAUUCAGAUUUAAAGACUCUUUACUAAUGCUAACAGCCAUUAUAUUGUGACUAAGUAGCCAUAAUGUAUUUUAAGAAGCAGUUCUCCAAUGCAUGUAUUAAAAAAUUCUACAUUUUUCAA